GCCGCCGCGGUACAGCUUCUGAUUGCCUGUGGCGAUGAGAUCACAAGAGGGGUGAGCGUAGGCGACGUCCGAGCAACAAGCGGCGUUAUAUCGGACCGAGCACAUCUGGAAGUGAUGUGAACUGUUUGCAGCUCUUGGAAAAACUCUUUGUUGAUGGGAUUGGUUAUUAUCUAUCUGUUUGUGUGUGUUUGGUUAUCGCUGUCGGUGGGCCGUGAUGAAGACAGACUCGUCUCUUGACAUCUGCCUUCCCAGAGUUAAGGAUGCACUAAAGCAAGUCACCAUUAUCAACGACCGACUACCUGUAGAUACUUUCUCAGUUGUGCAUUUAUCUAUGUGUAUUUACCGAGAUGGUUUCAUAUAUGGACUACAUAUGGUCUGCUGUGACAAGGCAAUUAGCGCAUCGUAGACUUGCAGGAAUCGGGAACCUUUAGAACCAUGUCCACGGCCAACUGGAGCCGUGCCACCUGUAAGCAUCUUUACGAAGUUAACGGCACCAUCCAACAAUGCUACUUCUCCGACGACGAUCUGUUGCACGCCAUCUACUCCUUCAUUGAGCCCAAGCCUCACGAAUGGGUGUUUACGGCGUUGUAUGGGAUAGUGUUCGUACUGGGUCUCACAGGCAACUUUCUCGUGUGUUUCGCGGUGUGGAAAAACAGUCAGCUCAGGACGUCAACUAACCUGUUCCUAGUGAACCUGGCGGCAGCAGACUUCCUCGUUAUAACGCUGUGUCUCCCUCCGUCGUACAUCCAGGCAAUAUGGGAGACAUGGUUCCUAGGGGACACCAUGUGCAGGAUUGUGGAGUAUUACCAGACGGUGACGAUCAUCGUGUCUGUCCUGACGUUGACGGCGAUCUCCAUUGAACGCUGGUUCGCCAUCUGCCACCCUCUGACGUUCAAGGAGACGAAACGUCGUGUGGUCAUUUCCAUCGUCGUCAUUUGGAUGCUGGCUCAUACGUUGGCGGUUCCGCGACUGCUGCUGUUCAAAGAGACGCCGGAUGAGAUGAUUCCGCAGAAUCUGACGUUGCUGUUGACGUCGUGUACACCGGAUAAAUCCAUGAACACCCUUGCUCUCAACUACGACAUAUUUAUUUUCGUCACCUUCUAUCUGGUGCCGGUCGUCAUCAUGGCGUAUACUUACGUCAGCAUCGCAGCCUGCCUGUGGUCCAGCACCAAGACCGGCUCACACCUCACAGAGGGAGAACAAUCGGCAGUGACGGCUCAAGUACAAGCUCGUAGGCGGGCUGCCCGGAUGUUGAUAGUGGUGGUGCUGGUGUUCAUUAUGUGUUUCCUUCCCAUGUACACGUGGAACCUGAUGAGGUUGACCGACAGUCCACUGAUAGCUAUGAUCCACCCACACUCUGUGUCUAUCUGCACCCUCACAGCUCACUGGCUCGUCUACUUCAACAGCUCCAUCAACCCAAUCAUCUACAACUUCAUGAGCGGCAAGUUUCGGAAGGAGUUCCGGUCCGUGUGUUCCUGUAUCCGAAUCCCUUGUGAUGGCAAGGAUAUGCGCAGAUACAACAACCAUGAACUGGAGCCUCUCUCCACACCAAAGGUGGACGUCGUUACAUCGGGAAGGACUCGGAAUCCUAUGAUGUAAGCAGGAGUCGUACCGUUUUCUCAGAAGCCUAAGUCGUAUCGGAGGCAUUUGUUGUAACGUACCCACAUGACUGUGGCGUGGGCAAAACACUGGACAAUACCUUAGCCACGGGAUUCCUAUGAUGCUCUAAGAGUCGUUUCGUACUCACAGGAAAAACUCGUUGACAAAACACUGGACAAUACCGGGGUCACGGAAUUCUGAUGCCACUUCACAGGUCGUAACGUACUCACAGGAAAGCCCGUGGACACAACACUGGACAAUACCGGGGUCACGGAAUUCUGAUGCCACGGCACGAGUCGUAACGUUCUCACAGGACAAAAUCGUGGACAAAACACUGGACAAAAUCGUGGUCACGGAAUUCUGAUGCCUCUACGAGUCGUAAGGUCACCACAGGAUAAUGUAGUACUCAAUGGUAACCUCCUAUAACUGCUGCAAUAGUGAUCUGUUGAGAGUCGUGGAAGCAUCAAACACUCGAUGGCUACACACAUGUUGACAUGCUGAUUACACGACAUGCUGAUUACACAAUAUGCUGAUUACACGACAUGCUGAUUACACAAUAUGCUGAUUACACAGCAUGCUGAUUACUAAGACUGCUCGUCAUGCUGCCUUAGUUAGGUUCUACGAACAAAUGGAGUUGUUGCAGUGCCCACAAGAUGGUGGAGGACACAUCACUGAUAUUGAUGCAGUGCUGGAAUGGAGAUGAGUUAUGACGUGUGGACAAUGUUUCAGCGCUCACAAGCAGAGAUGUUGAAACGCACGGACAUUGCUGCUAACGUGGUUUUGAAUGGCUUUGUGAAAUUCUCUCCUUUUUUAUACAUUCAGUAACAUGGCCAUCAGGGCAGAGCUCAUUUGUGACGUACGAGAACAUUUUGGUGUUUUAGUGCAACAAAAUGGUGGUAUAUGGAAUAUGAACAUAUUGCAAUGUUUCAAUGUUGGUGUGAAAGGGACACGAUCAGAAUGGUGACCAACAUUGAACAAUGUCACUGUAAACACCGUUACGAAAGGUGGUGCGGUUAUACAGGUAUUAUCUCCAUCCAUCACGACAUAUGUAUGUUGUGUUAGCCGUUCGCUGUAGUACUACACUCACUAUGUCCAUAUACUUCCGAGUAUGUGUACGCUGUGGGAUCAAAGCAUAUCGUACUGUUAAACGCAGAACUGUGGCUCUAUAAUGGUCUUCUUUCUUCAGUUCCUCCGACAUAUGUGGCACUAUGAGCCCUGUCGAUAUGAAGACUUAUCAGGAUGAUAACAUUUGUCAUGUAAACCAUAUACAUGUUGGUAGACAUUCCUUUGGUAAAUAUAUGCAAAAGUAUAUCUGCUUAAACAUGAGCUGACAACUGGGAACAAGGUGAAUGUUUGCAACAGUGGGACAGAGUUGGACGAGGUUAUGCAUAUCGAAUAUUGAAGUUUCAUCAUACGGAAGUUUAAUUUUACAACUGAUCGUUUUCAACGAUUUCCCAGACAGCAUGACUUCACCAAUCACGAGAUUGUUUAUUCAUCCAAAUUCUAUUUUCUCGGUCUAGUUCAAGAAAACGUCCUCAACGCAAGUAGAACAGAAACCAAAAUUCCAUUGAUUCUUCUGUUUACAAUGUUGGAAAGCUGUCUUGGAGAGACACGAUGUAUGCAGACGUCUGAGUCUACCCAUGGGUCAAUCAGAAUGUGGUCAGAUUGUUGAUUUGCAUUGACUCAAAUGACUAUUACAACCCCAUAUGCACAAAUACCCUCAGAGGUAAAACGAAUUCAGCCAGGUUUGUCAGAUUUGCAGUUUGUUUAGAUAAUGUGUUUCAUUCAUCUACUUUUUCACUACUGAACGUUGAUCGCGAUGAAGAUGUUAUAUUGGUGGAUUAUCCAACUAAACCGAGUGGGACAUUGUGUGAGUAAUUGAAGUUCAAGUAUUUAGAUCACAAUGAAUUUGUCACUAAAUGAGGAAACCAAACUGUGAAGAGGAAGACAUGAUAGUAUAUGAAUUAUACAUUGUCUCAAUGUCCAGAUAAACCAUUCAGGGUAUCUGUGUACACUAGCUGUCCAUUGACGUACUUCACGUGAUGCAUGUUUGGUAGGACUACGUAUGCGGUGGUCAAGUCGGGGGUGUAUGGUCAUUCGGGCUGGGAUUAAAUUCUAAGAAUUAUUUGAUUAUGGCCUCCCAAGGUGGACUGUGUUUGCUGCAGAUCCUGCUGAUAGGGGUCAUCAGCAGGAUGUGUUGGCAACGAAGGUUUGGCCUAGAGUAUGUUUGUUGACAGUUAAAUAAAGAAGAACUCUAAAGAAUGAAACUUCUUCUACUCAAACUCAUUUAGCUCGAUUAAAUUCUUUGAGAGGCAUGUUAGAAGUUGGAAAGAUGAAGGAAAACCAAGUUGUAUUGAUAGUCAACUUCUUUAUUGCAUUGCGUGCGACGUUUCGGUAUAGGUACUAACACCG